AAAAACUAUAUCUGCACAUUGUAUCGGUUUGCUCCUCGAAGUGUCCGUCAUUUUUCUGCACCAAAUGAGCUCCUUCAAAGUCCUCCCUCUCUCUCUCCUCCCUCCGAUCCCCUCCCGCUUCCCAUUCUGGCCCGCCCCCAAACCACACAUUCCCUCCGUUUUCGCCGUCGCGUCGACGUUCAAUUCCAAUUCUGUUCCUCCGCGAAAUGGAGUUUAUAGAGUCGGCGAUUUUAUGACGAGGAAAGAGGAUCUUCAUGUGGUCAAGUCCACCACCACUGUUGAACAAGCAUUGCAAAUGCUCGUCGAGAACAGAAUAACUGGUUUUCCUGUGAUUGAUGAUGACUGGAAAUUGGUUGGUCUUGUCUCAGAUUAUGAUUUAUUGGCACUGGAUUCAGUCUCAGGUUCUGAAAGGAGUCAAAGGACCGACGUAGGCAUGUUUCCUGAAGUUGACAGCACUUGGAAAACAUUCAAGGAAGUACAAAACUUGCUUACGAAAACCAACGGACAAGUUGUGGGUGAUCUGAUGACUCCAGCACCAGUUGUGGUUGGUGAAUCCACCAAUCUGGAGGACGCUGCAAGAGUGCUACUGAAGACGAAAUACCGCCGCCUCCCUGUUGUGGAUGGCGACGGCAGACUGCUGGGGAUUAUCACUAGAGGAAAUGUUGUCAGGGCUGCUUUGCAACUCAAACGAGCCACUGAAAAAGCAACCACAACGGCAUAGAUCUAGAGUGGUGUGUUACCACUAAACAAUUUGAACUAAGCAAAAUUUUCACUGUAUAUUAUUUCGAAAUUAAUAAAAAAUUUUGAUCGAUGACAUUA